AUGCUUUUCGGACUUUCUCUCCUUGCUUUGUGCACCCUAGUGCAAUCACUUCCCUCGAAGUCGCACGUAGCUAGGCAAGCCGACGAUGGUACUGCCCAGUCGAUGGCCAUUGUCGACGCUGCCAACACUCUCCUAGGCCUUCUUACCGCGGAGCAGAAUGCAUCACUGGUGUACCCUUACGAAGCAGCCGGGAAUGCAACCCCGGUUUACUUCGGAUCCUCGACCAGCGGCGGCAUUGCCGCUGAGCAGUUCGGUCAGUCAGUAUGGACCAACUACCCCGUCGGCAUCGUGGAUCGCGUUGGGUUGGCCCGUGACAACUUCACGGACACGCAAGAGGAAGCGGUUCUGAACCUGCUACGCGUCAUGUUUAGUGAAGAUGGUUACAACAAGGUUCAGGAGAUCAUGAACGCCGACCAAGUCGAGGAGGACCGUGGUGUGGACUAUGAAGCUGGAUUGGGAAGUUACACGCUAGGCUUUUUCGGGCAGCCCAGUUUGACGUCUCUUUGGAUGAUUCAGUUUGGCGGACAUCAUCUUGGGAUCAACAUGGCCAUGUACGGUAGUAAGGCCGUCAUCGCUCCACUGUUGACCGGUUGCUUGCCAGCCAUCAAUAACGUCACGAAGCGCGUGCUGGCCGCAGAGAACGACAUCGCAUUUUCUCUCGUCGGAUCUCUUGACGAAAGCCUUUUCGCUCAAGCCAACAUCACUCAUGAUGUGAGCACCCUCACUCUUGGACCUGGUCACGAUGGCGAAGAGUACAUCACAGAAGGUGUCAGUGUGAGCCUUUUCAGCGAAGCCCAGCAAGCAUUGGUUGUCGACCUUGUCUCUGAAUGGGCUGGCCUUCUCAACCCAAUCCACUACGCGCCCCGCUUGGCUGAGAUCAAAGCUGGACUGAACGAAACUUACUUUGCGUGGAGCGGUCCCACCACAAAGGAGGAUAACCAGAACGGCAAGUCCUAUUUCCGCAUCAAGGGCCCAGAUCUUUGGGUUGAAUACGCACCACAGACCAAUGAUGAAUACGGUGAUUUGAGGCUUCAUGCAUACACCAUUUAUCGAGACCAGUUGAGAGGUUAUGGACGCACACUAGAAGAAUAA